ACACUGCUCCUCUUCACAUCCUUCGUGUCAAACACUGAGAGUAAACUCUAUCAGCCACUGAAAAGUAUGAGUGACCACCUCCCUCGUCCUUUUCGCUUUGAUGGUCUGGUCCACACAUACUCUGGAUAUAUGUUCCAUGAGCCUCUGGUGGUCAACCAUCAUCGCUAUCUGCAACAUUUUGACAAAAGGAGGCUGCACCACAUCACCCAACUUGACCCUUAUGAGUUCAACCUUUACAAAUACGAUAUUGUCUCCCUUAUUGAGGGGCUCAGGUGGGAUUUCCUUCUUCGUCAGCCAGUUCACCCUGCCUGUCCUGGUACUGUUAAGUACUUCUACUCCAAUCUCAAAAUCCAAGGGAUCAGCUCUAGAAGCCUUACUACUCUUGUCUAUGGUCAUCUCCUGACCAUACCAGUUGAAGCCCUAAAUGGCAUCCUGGGUUUCCCUUCUCAGGGGAUUGGCCUAGCACAUCCCUCUGAGUUCUGGAAACAUGAGUUCAAGAUUGAAGUAGAAUAUGGAAACUUCUCCACCGAGCCAACUGGCGGCUCAGAUGUUCCCAUCCCAGUGUCAUGGUUGCCUCCUCGAUUGAGGAUAUUUCACCACUUCCUGACUCAUGUCCUCUUUCCACGAUCCUUCAAUCAGGAUCGAGUGCUUCCCAUGGAUCUGUGGAUAAUUGCUAGUGCCACUGCACGACGCAAGCUGGAUUAUUCAAGCAUAGUUUUUGACCAACUACUUCAUGUUGGGGAUGAACACUAUAGAGGGCUGGUACCAUUUGGCUCUCUGAUUACUCGCUUACUGAUCAACCUUGGGGUAGAUCUCUCUGAGUUUCGUAGCAUCUCCUCUACCAUGUACAUCAGUGCACUCAACGUGCUGAUGGUGCUGGAUCUUCCCACUGAAAUCUCUCCCCCUCCUCGUCCUUCCUCCUCUCUUCUCGGUCCUCCUCCUAAACCUUCUACUGUCAAAAGAACCAAAUCAGUGGGUGAACCCAGCAAGACUGGGGAUCUGGUUUUCACCAUCUCUGAAGGAGAUUCUUCCUCUGAUGACUCUGCUGCCACUGCUCCUGCCUUUUCUCCCGCUUCUUAGUUUUCUAGCUGUUCUUUCAAUUUUAUGUUGUUCGUUUAGUAGGUCUUGUAUCUGAUGUUAGGGGGUUUCUAGCUUUUUCUGUUCGUAUUUUGGAAUUUUGCUCAGGGGGAAUUCUGCUCAGGGGGAACCUUAGUUCUUUGUCCUGACAUUUUGUACUGCUGUUCUUUUAAGAACGCAAUUUGGUGUACUCCCCUUUCUUAAUCAAUGAAUUGUCGCGUU